GCUGAAGAACAUGAACACUGGGGACUUGACCAUGUUCUACUAUGGAGACUGGCUGUCCCAGCGGAAGGGCAAGAAGACCCUGGUGUGUGAGAUGUGUGCUGUCAUUGAUGGGGAGGAGAUGAUGGAGUGGACUUCCUACACUGUCACAGUGAAGACCAGCAACAUCCUGGGUGCAGGCACCGAUGCCAACGUGUACAUCAUCAUCUUCGGAGAGAACGGGGACAGUGGGACCCUGGCCCUAAAACAAUCGGCCAACUGGAACAAGUUUGAGCGGAACAACACUGAUACCUUCAACUUCUCUGACAUGCUGAGCCUGGGCCACCUCUGUAAGCUGAGGAUCUGGCACGACAACAAAGGGCUAUUUCCUGGCUGGCACCUGAGCUAUGUUGACGUGAAAGACAACUCCCGCGAUGAGACCUUCCGCUUCCAGUGUGACUGCUGGCUCUCCAAGAGUGAGGGUGACAGGCAGACAGUCCGUGACUUUGCAUGUGCCAACAAUGAGAUCCAUGAAGAUCUGGAGGAGACCACAUAUGAGAUCGUCAUAGAAACCGGCAACGGAGGCGAAACCAGGGAGAACGUCUGGCUUAUCCUGGAGGGCCGGAAGAACCGAUCCAAAGAGUUCCUUGUGGAAAAUUCUUCCAGACAGCGGGCCUUUAGGAAGGGGACCACGGACACAUUCGAAUUUGACAGCAUCUAUUUGGGAGACAUUGCCUCCCUCUGUGUGGGCCACCUGGCCAGGGAGGACCGGUUCAUCCCGAAGAGAGAGCUGGUCUGGCACGUCAAGACCAUCACCAUAACUGAGAUGGAGUAUGGGAAUGUGUACUUCUUUAACUGUGACUGUCUCAUCCCCCUCAAGAGAAAGAGGAAGUAUUUCAAGGUUUUCGAGGUUACCAAGACGACAGAGAGCUUUGCCAGCAAGCUCCAGAGCCUGGUGCCUGUCAAGUACGAGGUCAUUGUGACAACUGGCUAUGAGCCAGGAGCCGGCACGGACGCCAACGUCUUUGUGACCAUCUUUGGCUCCAAUGGGGACACGGGCAAGCGGGAGCUGAAGCAGAAAAUGCGCAACCUCUUUGAGCGGGGCAGUACCAACCGCUUCUUUCUGGAGACGCUGGAGCUGGGCGAGCUUCGCAAGUGGUGGCCAGGCUGGGACUUGCUGCAGAGUGUGGAUGAGAAAUUGGGGCUUUACCCAGGAGAGACAAGUGGGGAAGGAGAGGCCAUCAAGAUGCUGUAUUUUAAGCAAAAACUAAUUAACACUUUUUUCCCAAAAAAGCUGGGCUAAUUAAAUUAUUACCAACCACACCCCACAAAGAACUCAUCUUAGCAUCUGCUCGCUAAGAAAUGUGUGUUGUUUUUUUUUUUUUCCUCAGUCUCAAUAAAAUCAGUGGCAAGUGGA